UUGCCUCCCCCUGCUUCCCUCCCUCACUCGAAUUCUCGCCGAACGCGGGUCCGCUCCGGAGGUAGAGAGAGAAGCUGGGGCGACAGUCUUCCUAGCCGGGAUUGUAUGGAAGCGGGCUCUGUGUAGAUUAAUUUGCUGGUCUCACUGUCUUGACCAGCUGAUCUGAAGGAUGGGAAGUUAUUAUGACGUCGAUGAUAUCAUUGCCGAAGAAGAGCCGGUUUCAGUUGUAUUCCAAAAGCCGGCAAAUGGAGUUGGGAUUGAUCCUAGUGCAGAGAAAAAUUGCGUUGACCAAGGAUCAAAAGUAGAGCUGCCCUUCUGGCUUGCUAAUGAGUUGUGCCAGAGAAAUGCAGUGUCAGUACUUGUUCCGCCGUGUUUUGAUGAAAAAACUAGACUGGAAAUCCAGGCUGAUCCUGCAUGUGUGGAUUUGAGAUCUCGAAGUCCAUAUUUUUAUGAAUUUGGCUGCAAGCUGGCCCCGAUUGUUGCUGAUAGGACCCUUGGAUUUCUGCUCUUCUCCGCAUUUAGAAGCAGAUAUAAAGAUGUACUGACUAAGGCACACACUGCAUCGAAUGUGGCAGCUCCAAAGAUUCUUUCCCGACUUACUAAAGAAGAAGUCAAUUUGUAUGAGGCAGCUCAAUCAUCUGUGGCUGCCUUUAAGAAAUGGCGUAUAGGUGGCCGGAGGUUUCAGCCUGCAUCUGUCCUAGGCAGGAAGAGGAGAUCAGAGGAAUAAAUGGUGUGAUAUCUCAUUCAAUUCGCGCCACAUUUCGACUUUAAAAAAAGCUCCGACCUUGACUUGAAUUUGAUUAUGGAGGAGCAUUGCCUUAUUGGAGAGCAUCACGUCCUAGCCUGGCAGCAAGUCAUCUGUCAAAGCAAUUGAGAUUUUAUGACCCAAGGAGGUUGGUUCCUUUCCUCUUGAUAUAAAGUUCUGCAACGCAACAGCUUCAGUUUUUAAGCUCUUGUCAAGUUAGCUGUACUUUUGUUGUUCAAAUUAAUUCCAGCAAAGAGUAGUCAUUUAUGUGAUUUUUCUGGACCAAGUAAGCAUUCUACUUAAUUUUUUUCUUGGUCUAAAGUUUAGUAUCUAUAUGGGACCGCCUUACUUCAUUGAAGUGCAAGACCGGGGCUUGUUUUGGAGUUUCUGCAGUUUUUUCUUGUAGAAGAGUGUCGGAUACCGUGUGUUGUAGCCAUGAAUGUCACUCACAAAUCAAGCAUGCUACCACAAGCCCGACAACAGUGCCAGGCGUGCACUGAGCUUGUUCAAAGCAAUAAUGAGUGCGGACGACAUCUUUGCA